CCCACACACUCUGAUGCCUGUUUACCUGACAAGAAGAAACUAUAGAUUUGGCCAGGGCCUAGAUUUGGCCCUAUAUUUAUAGUUACACAGUGUUUCGACUACUGAGCUGGGAGCUGAGCUAUGUCUACCCAGCCCGGCUAUGAUGAGGCCAGGCCCAGUCACUCCAUUGUCGGUAGGGAAGGGUCUGGGGAGCGCUUGAUGGAGCACGGAGACCACAAUAAGGUGUUUCUACCAAUAGGAUGUCCACUAGUUGAGGAAGCCUCUAUGAAAUUCAAGCCUGAUGACGAGUUUUUGAAGAAAGGUUCUUUUGGCAGUAUACGCCAUGCAGCAACACUUGAGGGUAAGGACGUUGCUAUAAAAUAUUUCACGUCAAGAGAUAUAAAAGGGGGAUAUAACGAUGAGCUAACAAUUUUAAAUGCUCUUCAGACACAUGAUAACAUUGUUGUCCUCCUUGGAGCAGGACUGUCUCCUAUGACAAAAGAGCCCUUUGUUGUAAUGGAAUUUGCUCCUUAUUCAUUGAAUCGAGUAUUGCAUGGUUACCCUCGGUAUACUUAUAAGAAUGAUCAUGUGAUGCAUUGGGCUCGUCAAACUGCUCUAGGUCUGGAGUACAUACACAGUAAAAGGAUAUUAUAUCGAGAUGUAAAAUCAUCAAAUCUUCUUCUGUUUGGUAAUGGCUCUCAUUUAAAAUUAUGUGAUUUUGGUAUUAGUUGUAAUAUUGAGACUGAUGCCACCUACACAAGUGGUGUUGGUACACCGAGGUAUAUGGCACCUGAAGUCAUUAAAGGUACAACUUAUGAUACUAAAUGUGACAUAUUCAGUUUUGCUAUUACACUGUGGGAGAUGCUAGCACGUCAAAUACCAACAAUUGAGGGACUUGAUGACAAUUCAAAUAUCUAUGCUGUGUUUUAUGCCAUGGCACAAUUAGAGAAACGACCACCAUUAUUAGUGGGUCAUCCUUCAUUUGUCAAUGAAUUACUUCAGAAGUGCUGGGAUCAAGAUCCUCGUCUAAGACCGACCUCAACUGAGCUGGCAGAGGAAUUAGGAAAAAUUUGUAAAAAUUUUAAAUUUGGAGAGCCAAUAUUUUGUUACGAUGAAAUUGCUUUAGAAAAGUGGAUGGAGGAAGGGAGCGUUGAUCUAACUGUUACUCGUGUUAAUAUGCUUGGUGCUCCUGGAGCUGGUAAAACCUGUUCACAGCUCCUCCUACUAAAUGAAGACCCACCCACUAAUGACACCAGUACACCCAUUGCCUGUCCUGCCGUUAGGGCUACAAGAGUUGCUGUUUCUGAUAAAAUGAUUUGGAGCCGAGUGACUCGAGCAAAUUUACUUGACGAAUUAGCAACUGAUUUGAAAACUGCUACUGAUUCAGAGCAAGAGGAAGUUCCCCUGACUGCAACUGCAACCUUUUACAGUCAAUCAUGGACUGUGACAUAUACCAAUCCGAUGGAAUCAGGCAAUGUAGAAAUUCCAUCUCAUGCUCCAAAUGAGCCUAUUCCAGCAGUUUUACCUUUAUUACAAGAUAAGAAGUAUGAUACCAAAGCAGUUGUGCUAGAAAUUUUAGCCACUCAACCAAAAGAGAUUCGUAAAAGUGAUCAUUGGCUGUACGUUAUUGAUUCUGGUGGUCAGCCAGCAUACCAGGAGUUACUGCCUUUAUUCACUAGAGCAGCUUCUCUCAAUAUCGUAACACUGGAUCUAUCUAAGCCUUUCAAUGAGAGGUUUGAUCUGAUGUACAGGAUCGAUGGAAAAUACUUCCCAUGCCACUCCAAGUCAACACAGUUAGCAUUCUUCCAGUCUGCAGUUUCCACUGGAGCUAGUUUUGAGCCUCUUGAUAUUUCCUGCAUCUCCAAGAAACCAACACACUCCAUGCAUCUUGUAUUGGGAACGCAUUAUGACAAGGUGAGCGAUGCUACUUUAAAAGAAAAGGAAGAGAUUCUAAUGUCUUCAAUGUCUUCACUAGAAUCUUACUUACAAAAUUGCGUAAUUUCCCAAUCUGAUGAUUCUAUCAUAUUUCCGGUCAAUGCAAUUGCUGCAUCAGAAGAAAGAGCUAAAUACAGUGAAGAGAUUUGCAAAGCUAUUUGGUAUCGUGGCUCUGAUGCUUCACUCAAAAUUAAAAUACCAAUUCGAUGGUUUGUAUUUGAGCUAUCUUUACCUGAGCAAAGUAUUGUAUCAGUUAAGGAAGCUUUAUCUAUUGGAAAAGGUUGUAGUAUGGAAAAGGAAGAUACUAAACAAGCUUUGAAGUAUUUCCAUGACGUCAGUCUCAUGUUAUAUUAUCCAGAAGUUAUAAAUGUCAUCUUCAUUGAUUCUAAGCCAAUCCUUGAGAUUCUCUCACAAUUAUUAGCUCUCACAUAUGUUAAUAAAAUUGAUGCCAUAGCAUCAAUUUCAGACAAACCUCUUUCUCCAAAAAUCACAAAAAAUCUGAAAGAAGGAUUUUUCAAUGAGGAUAUUUUUGAGCAUUUAAAAUCAAGAGCUGAAGUAUUUUCUCUGCCAGAGUUCCAGUUGUCUGACCUAAUCAGACUCCUCCUUCAUCUUAACAUCAUCACAAAACUAGAAGAUGAACCAAAGGGACACUACUUCAUUCCUUAUGCUCUUCCUUCAUACAAUGAACCAGUUUCAAUUAAGGAGACUAAUGCUAAGCCACUUCUCAUAGUCUGGAGGGAAGAGGAGAGUGAAGAGAUCCUACCAGUUCCUACAGGAUUGUUCCCUUUAACCAUUGUACAUUUACUCAACCAGAAAGAUUACGUUACUAAAAUCUCUCCAUCAACGUCAGAGUAUUACAAAUUUCGAGAUGCGAUAUCCCUCAGGAUAACCUUCACACAAAAGCACACACUUCACCUCAUCAACCGUUACACUCAUAUUGAAGUGUACUUUACUGGUCCUACCCAGCACUGUCCAUUAGUACGUAAGCUACUCACAACAGCUAUUGAUAAUAGCAGUGAUGCCAUGCACCUCAAGCAUAAUUACGUCAAUGCAUUUGCUUGCCCUGUAAAAAGAAAUAGCUGCUACUGUAUUGUUGGGUUCAGUAAAGAUGGUCAUUUCAUCAACUGUACAAUGUGCUCUGAGCCUGCUACUAUCAGUGAUGAUCACUGGAACUGGUAUAAUAUAGAAGGAUCCAUAGUGAGUAACAAACAAGAAAACUUCUUGUUAAUCAUUCUGGACAAGAAGCCUCAAUUGGAUGAUCUUCAUAGGUUAUUCCAAAGUUCUGAUUUCCAGUUUUUAAUUAUUGGGACAGCACUUGGUGUACAAGUUAAUGACCUUCAGCAUAGUCCAAUGUCAGCCUCUGAUAAGCUAUUACUAGUGUUCCAGAGAUGGAUAAAUUCCAAUAUGAAUAUAACCUGGAGGAAAGCACUUCAAGUUUGUGAAGAUUAUCCAGAUCAGUUUGGACUUGUAAAAUCUGAUGUGAUCAAAUUUCUUUCAUCAGAUAGAGCCCAUGACAAAUAUUCAGAUGGACCUGUUGAGAGUAACAAUGGAACCCAAAUAAAACAAGAUAAUGAUCAGUCAUCAGAUGAAAUUUCUGCUAGUGGAAUCACAGAUGAUAAUAUCUAUGGUGGAACUUAUGUGGACACUAUGCCUGCAACCAUAACUCCUGCUGUGAGGAGGUUAAUGAAAGAGGCUACUGAGUUAAGGGAACCAUUUCCUCAUUAUUAUACCCAACCAAUGGAAGAUAAUUUGUUUGAAUGGCAUUUCACAAUACAAGGUCCACCUGGUACUGAUUAUGAGGGAGGACGCUAUCAUGGACAUAUCAUGAUAUCACCAGAAUAUCCAAUGAAACCACCUUCUGUUGUCUUUCUAACUCCUAAUGGAAGGUUUAAAUUGAAUCUGGAGAUAUGUAUGUGUGGUUUAGAGACAUGGCAGUCGUAUUGGGGAAUUAGUACUGUGCUACUGGAAUUGAUUGAUAUGAUGGCAACUGAUGAUGAUAGAAGUACAUUUGGUUCACUGGACUGUACACCUGAAGAAAGACGACAAUUGGCAACUAGGUCGUUAGAGUGGGUAUGUCCUAGUUGUGGUGUUGCUAACAGGACAGCUUUACCUGAAGGAAGUGAAGACAUUGUAUCACAAAUGCCUAAAGAAGAAGUUAAUUCUCAACAGCCUCAUGAUCUUGAUUUACAAAAAGAAGCGUUACUUGUUGCUCAAUUCUGCCCACCAUCAACCGACCAAUCAAAUCAAAGGAAUAUUGAUAUCAAAGAGUCACAUGAUCAGUCUAAAGAUGAAGGAGGGACUGAGAUUAAUAAAGAAUCAUCAACUAGUGGAAUUAGAUAUCGUGGACAAGAAGAAACAGAUCAGCCUCUCUCUGCUUCUCCUCCUCCUCCUAGUUUUCCUGCAAACAUGUAUAUAAUUUUAUUUUUUGUUAUUGUUAUUGUAAUUUUAUUAUUACUAAUAUUAUUAUUAUUGACUGUUAAGUGAGUAGUACUCGUGGUAACUAUAUUUUUAUUAAACCAAAUUAAGUAUGUAGUUUUAUUUGAUUAUACAGUUAGUUUAUAUGUAACAACUUUUAAAACUAUGAUUAUUAGAUCUAUACAACUUA